CCCUUUUUUUUUUAUCGUCAUCUCCAAAAAACCCAGGAACGCCCAUAGGAGCAGUUUCCUCGCAUCCGAGGCGAUAACUCCCUCACAAAUUGCACAACCGUCGAAUGCAGACUCCGGCGACUCGAUGCAGCGGCCCGGCGUAGUGCGGCCCGUGUGAUUACUCCGUCGUUGUGCGGCAUCUUUUGUCCGUACAGCCGUGCAACGCGAUCUCCGAUCAUCGCAUCGCUGGCAUCGCGCGCGCGGUCACCGGAUAAGCCAUGGGCAACAUUCAGACGGUUGGCCCCAAUGAAGCUCUCAUCGUAUCAGGUGGAUGCUGCGGGACUGCUGGCAAAAAGAUGGUUGUUGGCGGCUGGGCCUGGGCAUGGUGGCUGGUCACGGACGUCCAAAGGCUGUCCCUGGAGGUGAUGACCCUGACUCCUCGUUGUGAGCACGUCGAGACCUCACAGGGGGUGCCCCUGACGGUGACCGGGGUGGCCCAGUGCAAGGUGAUGACGGAGCGGGAGUUCCUCUCCACAGCUGCCGAGCAGUUCCUGGGCAAGGACGUCGACCACAUCAAGGCGGUCAUCCUGCAGACCCUCGAGGGACACCUCCGAGCCAUCCUCGGCACCCUGACGGUGGAGGAGGUGUAUCGGGACCGGGACCAGUUUGCCUCUCUGGUGAGAGAGGUGGCAGCGCCGGACAUUGGGCGCAUGGGCAUAGAGAUCCUCAGCUUCACCAUCAAGGACGUGUUCGACCGGGUGGAGUACCUCACCUCCCUCGGGAGGGCACGCACGGCCGCUGUUAAGCGGGACGCCGACAUCGGGGUUGCCCAGGCCGAGAGGGACGCGGGCAUCCGGGAGGCAGAGUGUGAAAAGUCUGCCAUGGACGUCAAGUAUGGCGCCAACACCAAGGUUGAGGACUCCCAUCGGAUGUACCAGCUGCAGAAGUCAAACUUCGACGGCGAAGUGAACGCACGGAAAGCAGAGGCCCAGUUGGCCUACGAGCUGCAGGCGGCCAAGGUGAAGCAGAAGAUCCGAAACGAGGAGAUAGAGAUCGACGUGGUGGAGCGGCGCAAGCAGAUCGCCGUGGAGGAGAAGGAGAUCCUGCGUCGGGAGAAGGAGCUCACGGCCACCAUCCGACUGCCCGCCGAGGCCGAGGCCUACCGCGUCGAGAUGAUCGCCCAGGGAAAGAGGACGCAAACUGUGGAGGUGGCCCGAGCGGAGGCCGAGCGCACCAAGAUGACCGGGGCAGCGGAAGGCUACGCCAUCGAAGCUGUGGGCAAGGCGGACGCCGAGCGCAUGCGCAUGCGGGCGGCCGCCUACAAGCAGUUCGGAGAGGCCGCCAUCCUGAGCCUCGUGCUGGACACCCUGCCCAAGAUUGCGGCAGAGGUGGCAGCCCCCCUGGCCAAGACGGACGAGAUCAUCAUGCUGAGCGGGGAGGACCGCACCACAGCGGAGGUGACCAAGCUGGUGAGCCAGCUCCCGCCCACCAUCCAGGCCCUGACCGGGGUGGACCUCACAAAGAUGCUGGCCAAGAUCCCCGGAGCAGCAAAGUAAUAGCUUGAGUGGGGGAGGGAGUCAAUAGGGAAAAGGGCGGGCAGACGGGGGCAUCCUCUUGUUCCGCGUGGCAUUGUGUGUCUCAGUGUGUGCAUUCCUUUCUGCUUGCUCCGCCUUGGAGGAGAGUCCUAGCGGUAGAUUCCGCCACGCGUCGUCGUGCCGGUUAGGAGGACAGAGUAUUUUGAUGAUGGGUGGGCUCACCGCACGAGCAGUGAUCGACCGGACCAUCUAGUGCCUCCACGCUUCAAUCCGCGUGCUCCGCUGCUCGUCCAGUCACGCAGCCGCAGCACGAUCCAAUGACGCCCACGAUCCACUCCGCCGCGUCGAGCCCUUCUCUCCUUGGAAGAAGAGCGGCACUGCAGCUGCGCGACCGGCCGCUAGCACUAGACGUUGCUGCAACCUACAGCCGCUCUGCCGAGAGUUGUAUGCAAUGUUGAAGAGGAGUUGCGCGGCAUAAUGAGCAUUGACGGGGAAGAAAGUGCGCUUUUUUUUCCGGCUUAGAGUACUACCUUUUGUACAGUUGUUCUCGACCCCCCCCCCCCCCCCUUGCUUGUAGCGGGAGAGUGUGUACUUCGUUGUCCGCCUCGCUCAUUUAGUUGUCACGAAAAUGCGCCCAUCUCAUUACGGAAAACGUCUCCAGGGAGCAACGUUUUUGUUUACCGACCUCGAAGUGUGGAUCUAGUUGAAUCUUAUUGGUGGGUAUGCAGAACAGUCUUUUUGUAAUAUAGUUUUUAGGGUUUUAUUUUUCGCCGCUUGCCCAAGUGUGUUCAUGCAACUGUUCCUUUUUUUUUUUUUUUUUUUCCCUUCCUUUGAGACUGGCAGCAGUGCCUGUUGGACUUGUCUCUUUUUUUUUUUUUUAUGAACAUACUUUAGACUCGUUUUAUGCUUUGCAACCUGCGCUAUUUUAGGCAGGUUUAGUAUCGUUUUGUGUCUUUUUUUGCGUCCAUGUAACAGAAAGCUAAAAGUAUUUACAACUGUGUCAUGUCUGGUGUUUUUUUCAAUAUUUUGCUUCGUUGCAGCAAAUAACUGUUUUCAGUUAGUUUUUUUUCUCGUUAUAACGGAAGCCACGAGCAAAAGAGCUGGAAUUAGCGAUUCGACGGCUGAACAACAAAGAUGCCACGCACCUUGUGCUGCAGUGUACCAUAAAUGUGCCGAUGAUUUAUUUACUCUUCCAUUACCCUGUACAUUGUUCAGUCGACUUUCUCCGUUUACCAAUGCUUGGCAUUAUCAGUAGCGAGCUAGACGUCUUCAAAGUGCAUCGACCUCCCCAUUCCCCGCCUUAAAACGCAAUCUCUCAACAUGCGGACACACUCGCGAGCCAGGGGUCAAACCGAAUGCAGUGACACUGCCAAUCACAGACUGCCCCCUCUAACAUUGUCACCUAUUUGUCUAGAAAGAUUUUCUUGCCUCCAAAUACUUACCUUUCUGUUUGGAGACUAGCAGUGGUGCCAAGAUACAGGAAAGUUCCUUUCAUUCUAGUCUUCAGUUACUUUUCAAGCAUAAAACUUAUGGCAACCUCGGCGGUUAUUCCUUGGCGGCAGGAAAAAACGUAGCAGCAAACAUUUGAGACUCGGUUUUGGCAAGGGUAGAUGCAUCUCCACCGACCACAGUGAAGAGACAUAGAAGACAGCAAUUGUGCAGUUCAGCUGAUUUCAGUCCGAGAUUUUAUGGUACUGCUCCUCAGCUUUCAGCUCAAUUAUAGAUGGCUUACAGAAAUGGGGAUUUUAUUACUUGUACUAAACUGGCAUGCAUCUGCUGUACAAGAAUAUGCAAGGGUUUGAUUCCAUGACAUUUUUAAAACAUCUCCGAGCUGACAGCACCCUCCGUUAUGUCUUGCGCCGAUCUCAUGUUUUUGAGUGCGAUAGCCUUUCAAGGCAUGAAUAUUAUCUGCGGAUGAAUAUUAUCUGCGGAUAUUAUCUCGUGCACUAACACAAGCAAAAAAACUAAUAAGUAAUACGAAUCUCAUUGUGGCCCGUGGGGAAGCAUUUAAAUAUUUGUAACCAUUCUUUUGUGCAUGGUUUGGGUCGUUCGACAUGCAUUCUCACACUUUGCCACUGGCUGUCUCCACGUUCUAGAAUUCAUAUUGGAACAUUAGCGAAUCAGACAAACCGGUCGUGCCGCCAACAAACUGCCAGUGCACUCGUCGUACGGCCUACCACCAAUACAACAUUUAGAGACGUGUACAUGUCCCUCGAUACUGUCGUAUACAUAGAGAAGAAGAAAUUAAUUUCCAGAAAGUCUAGGCUUAGUUUUGUACGACGCCGUGCCUUUUUGCCCAAACGUGAAGCACACAUAUUUUGUGGCUGUCGGUGCAGCAACUUUGCUACGAGUAGGAUUUGGUUCAAGCUGGCGGCUCUAGGGGUGGCUUGCCUGGCACAUUUUAAAAUAAAGUAGGGCAACACAUCUGGUUUGCACACAGCAGGUUGUGGGAGAGUUCCCCCUCCGGACAGACACAAUUGGUUGCGUGGAGUUUAUGGCACUGCACCAGUUGUAACGGUCGUGUCAAGAAUUCACACUGAGAGACGGCGUUCCAAACUUCACUGCACCAGUUUCGGCAACGACGGGCUUUCCUCAGGACGAUCCUCGCGUGUCAAAAGUUGCAACCGACACCUUUCUGCCGCCAGUUUGUCUGAAGGCUUGCCGAGGCGGUGAUUUCGGCACGCCGAGCCUAGCUUUCGUUGCGCCUGUCAAGUUCCCCCCCCCCUCCCCCAAAAGUAGGAGAGCAAUUUGUGCCGCUGUUUUUUUUUUUUUUUUUUUUUUUUUCUGGAUCUUGCCACAGCUGUCGAAAAUGAAGCGGAGAGAAUUUUUGUAUGCGCCAGCUCUGUGUCGCACUGCUACUGACGCGGCAGAUUUGGAGAGAUAAUAAACUACAUUUUUGCAGCUUU